ACCUUUUAAAGCUUGUUCCUCCUCCGGUAUUGGCUGUUUCCUGGAGGGUGUCAUUUUCAGGUCGUGGAGAUCACUGCCUGUGUUUAUACUGUUACACAGGUUUAGUCCUCGCAGACCUGGACUAGAAUUGUACACAUCAGCAUCGGGUUUAGCUCAGGGGAUUUGGGGCUUAGUAUGGUUGUAGUUGUGUCCCGAGAAAAAGCCAGAUAAGUUUUCAAGCUGAUGAAUAGUUUUAUAAUGCGAGCUGAUAGUGCUGUUCUUAUGUAGUUGUAGUUGUACCUGUCCAUGGUGCUGAAACUGACCGGUGCACUUCACGGAAUCGUUUUUGAGGGACUGUACGAGAACAAAUUCAACAAAACUGACCUGCAUUCAACAACAGGAGGAGGAUCUGGUAAAAAUCGCUUAAGUUAAGCCAUUUUCUUUCCUGGGACAGGAUCAAAAGGAGUUUGGCAGACAUUUUUUUUUUUUGCCAUAAUUAUAAUCUAAUUUUACUGUUUUGAAUCUACAAAUUUUCGUUGUAUCACCAAAACCAGUGUCAGAAAGGACAAAUGCACAUUUGAUAUCGAUUUGUCUCGCGAUGGAAGUAUCAAACGGGUCGAGCUUUGGGAUCGAGUCUAUACUUUCUCACAGACCGACCAGUCCGUGUAUGUCGAAGGGGGGGUGCAGGUCUCCAGCGGAGUUGAGCCCGCGGUCGGACCUGGACAGCGGCUGUUCGUCGCCUCCCUCCCCGAGACGGACUUCGGUGGAAGACGCGGUGCAAAGACACGCUCGCGCUCUCGGACUGGACUCUCCUUUACAAUUAUCCCAGCAGCCGCGAACAGUCACGUCCUCGUUCUUGAUCAGAGACAUACUAGCGGACUGCAAACCCCUGGCAGCCUGUGCUCCUUAUUCCAGCACUGGACAGUCAGCACAAGAUGCUGAAGACUGUAUGGACAAACUUCACAGCAAUUCGUCCUCGGACAGUGAAUACAGGGUGAAAGACGAAGCUGAUCGAGAAAUCUCCAGCAGCAGAGACAGUCCCAGCUCCCGGCUGAAGAAGCCUCGUAAAGCGCGCACUGCGUUCACGGAUCACCAGCUCGCGCAGCUCGAGCGCAGCUUCGAGCGUCAGAAGUACCUGAGCGUGCAGGACAGGAUGGAGCUGGCAGCCUCUCUCAACCUCACCGACACACAGGUCAAAACAUGGUACCAAAACCGCAGAACGAAGUGGAAACGGCAGACAGCGGUUGGGCUGGAGCUCCUCGCAGAAGCAGGGAAUUACUCAGCUCUACAGAGAAUGUUCCCAUCACCCUAUUUUUACCCCCAAAGUUUGGUGUCUAACCUCGAGCCGGGACCAGGGUUGUAUCUGUACAGAGGGCCGUCCGCGCCUCCUCCACCGGUUCAGCGGCCUCUGGUCCCGAGGAUCCUCCUGCACGGUCUUCAGGGCAGCGGAGACCCAGCAUCUCUCCCUGGAGUGAUACCGCGACACACGCCGCGAUGAACUGAUCCAGCCUGACAGAAACCUCCAACCUCAGGAACGACAGGGUUACGCUUGGACAAUAUGCUGAAAAUAUAAACGCGCAAUAAUAGACUUUCCAAAUGACUCUGACCAAAAGGCGAAUGCUAAAUAUUUAUUAAACUCUAACGUCCGGAAGAAGUUAUCAGAAAAUUAUUUGAUGAGGAUCUAUCACCUCAUAAACCUCUUUACUGUUUUCUGAAAGAAGAUGCUUUUCUCCUAAGAAAUGGCGUGGUUUAGCCUAUUUGCACAAAUUAUGACGCAGGCAAAUCAAAAUAAACAUAGGCUAAAAAUAAUAAUAAUUCAGUUUAACCAUAUGCAAUAGUUGUGGAUUUUUGUCUACCUAAUGAUAAAAAUGCAUUUUUAAGAACAAAAAUAAUAAAACUAGAACACCAGCUAUAGCCUAAUAAUAAUUAACAAUCGUAAUUGCAACAAAUGUAAUUUGUCAUCGAUUAUUGGGAUGGUAUUGCUGAGCAGCUAUAAUAUAUAUAUACAAAAACAGUUUUUCUAAUGAAAUGCACAGAUCAGCGCAAAAAUGAUUAAUGGCACUACAACCUGUUCAGACAAUUAAUCCGUUUUUGUGGAAAUUGUGUUGUGUUUAUGGGUAGUUUAAAACCCGGUUCAACAGACGCCAAAAUAAUUUCUGAAUAAAGACUGUGAAUUUGUCACAUAUGACGGAAGUACUUUAUUCUUUCAUAUUCUCUUGGUCAAACAAUUUUUGUAUAAUGGUUGUGAAUAUAUAUGGUGCACAAAAUGAGCUUUAAAAUAAAAAAAAAAACAAAAAAAAAACAACGUUUUUUUCGUUCAUUUUUAUAACUGCAUUACAGCUUCAAUUGGACAUCAAACCAUCAGCCCGUGAACGCAUUACGCAAUAAAAAAAUAUUUUCCGUUUGUUUCCCGCGCUCAUAUUGUGACAUGUUCUCCCAUCACUCUGCACAUAAGCAUAUACAUUACUGCCAAUGGAACAUUUUUGUGAGUUCUCUUCACACCGAAACGAGAGUAUCUGGGUAAGUGGUUUGUUGUGUGGGCUUAAUUGACCAAUCAUAAGAGUUGUUUCAUUAUUACAGACCAAUCAAAUUUUUACAAGCGGCUUUUGCAGUAAUAAAGCGACCGUGAAACGCAAUAUUCCGGUCAAAUUUCUUUUAGCUCGCAGCGAAGUCUCGGCCAAAAGACAGCAGCUGGUGACCGGGCGAGUCAGACUCAACGCUUAGACAGCUGGUCAGCGUAAGCCUCCAUACAUAUCCACCCCUAUUUACCUGACCCAGCCGAAAUUCAAGCCAGGCAAAUGAGCUAAAAAGCCUUUUAACAAAGACCAUUUUUAAGCGGUGUUUUCAUAACCUUGUGAACAACAUGAAAGGCAUAGGCUUGGUUGCCAGUGAUUCUGAAAAACGUUCAUAAUC